ACAGGAGGAUAUACUGUACAUGGAUAUAUAUAUAUAUAUACAGUAUAUAUAAAGGGAAAUGAAUAAUGAGGAGAAGGAUCUGCGACGCUGACAGGGUGAAGAAAAGGGGGAGGUGGGAACGGUGGAGGCGGAGGGAAAAGAGCCACGACUUGCCUCUAAUGCUGACGAAAGCUGCUUAGCCCUCCCAGUUACCAUAGAGACCGUCAUGAGCAGCUGCCAGAGAAAGAGAGAGCGAGAGAAAAGAACACCAACAGGCGAAAGCAGGAGGCAGAACCACACAGAGAAAGAGAGAGAGCGAUAGAGAGAGAGAGAGAGAGAGAGAGAGAGAGUCGAAGUGACAGAGUAAAGGACAAUAAAAGGAGUUAGAGAGAAUAGUGAAACAGCCGUAAUGGAAAUACAGAUCACUUGCAGUGAACUGCCUCCGUGCGACCCCCAGCCAUCCGGAAAGAUCAACAAAGCUGCCUUCAAACUGUUCGGCAAGCGCAGGUCCGGCAGCGGUAUGCCGAGCAUCUUCUCCAUCAGGAACAAAGGGGAUGCAACUGACAAGGAGCUCGUUAGAAGCAAAACCCACGACGGUUUAACGACGACUGAUGAACUGUCUGAGUUGGAGGGCCAUGGGAAAGAAGAGUCAGCCAGCAGUGACCGUCUGAACAGUGCCGCCGCUGCUCCUGUGUGUACUGCCAUCACCAAGUCUUUCAGCUUCUUCUCCUUGCUGCGGCGCAAUAGCUCUCGUAUUAGUGACAGGGCAGCAACACUGGGGCAAAGAGGACGUGGGCUGAAGGGCUUGUUCAACAGCAUACGCUGGCGCCGUAAACCUCCAUCGCGUGACGAUUCGAUCGAAAUCCAGGACAUCGUCAAAGAAACGAAAGGAGUCGAUCUGAUCUUGUCCUGCAGUUCCAAAAAUGUGGACGUAGAAAGCAUGACACUUACGCUGGAGCCCCCGAUACAAAUAUUACAAGACAAUGCUGUGACCUGGAAGAAACCCGCUUUGCAGGACAGUAAUGAGGAACGUGCGAAGUGCUCAUCUGCUCCGGUGCAACCGGUUGCUGAGAAGUCUCCAGCUCCGUCUCUGCUCACUGUUCAAACACAGGAACCUGUCAGAGACAAACAUGGCAGCCCGGCCCGUCUCGCUUCCGUGACACCUCCACAGGAUCACAGCUUGGCUGACCCACCUUCUGAAGAUCGCCUGAGCUCCAUGUUCACGGACGUCACUUCGCUCAAGAGCUUCGAUUCGUUAACUGGUUGCGGAGACAUCAUCGCAGAACCAGAAGAGGACUCCGGGAACGGAGGCAGCGUCACCAGCAGUGGAACGGGAAGCAGCAACGGGGGGCUCCAAGUAAGCGCUGAGAGAUGUUCUCCGGCCAAACCUCCACUUCCUUCACAAGUGACUGGUCUAAUAGCAAUGUCCGCGUACACGCCAUCGCGUCAUCGAGUCUGUCCACCGACUAAAACUCCGCAAGGCAGCGGGAUAGUGGCCUACAUGGGUGGUGGAGAGGAAAUGGCCAGUCCAGAAGGUGUAAAUGAUGCGGAUAUGCAAGGACUUUGGCACAUGCUUCCUCAGAAAGGGGAGGAUUCCCCAGAUCUACCUCACCUCUCAACUCGGCAGGAUAAACGACCUCCUCAGGUAAAAAGUCUGGGGCUUAGUAAGAUUCCUGUGAGUGGAAGCAGCAGAGUAGGCAAACAACAACAGCAGCAGCUGACUCGCCCUUCUCCUCCACCCAUUGAUAAAGAUCUCCAGGACGUCCCACCCAGUGACGAAGGCUACUGGGACUCUCCGACACCCGGACCAGAAGAUGAGGACAGUGUCUUCCUGCAGCGUGAAGGCCUACUGAGGGAUAGCUGCUCAGGAGAUGCGCUCUAUGACCUCUACGACCUCGACAGUCCUGGCACUGUCGGCUCAGAUGACGAUGACACAAUUUCACCUACACCUUCGACGGGCGACCUGAACAUGACUCCGCCUUCUCAGAAACCGUCGUGUUCUUCCUUCCGUUCCAUAAAGGGCAGCACAAGUCUUCCACGAGAAUCCAAGAUUCCCAUCAGCGUCAGGCAAAAGCCGCCUUCUCACUCUUCCAGCCAAGGGGCGUUGUCCUCUCCGGUCAGCCCGACCUCGAACAACCCUUCCGACCCUUCCUCGAAGACUAACACACCAGCUCGCACUCGUAUUCCCGUCUCCAAAGUCCCGGUCCGGUCCUCAGGCAACAAAAACGCGAAGGUAGCACAAAACAGGAAGUAGAACUAAUCAUAAUGUAAGUUUUAAAAACCAAAAUGACUGUAUUUUGAUACAACUAACAGAUCCCACGGUCCACCGAGGACGUCGCACCUUCAAUUGUUUCUGCACUGACGUAUUGUAACGUGCCACAUAUUACACAUUAUAUAAUUAGUGUGUAUGUAGAAAGGAUACGUAAAACACAGAUCACGCAAUUUCACUACCUAAAAAAAGCGAUGAAUUUAAGAAUGUUUUGUAAGUAAAAUCUUUCAUCUCUACCCAUCCUUCUGGAGAUUCUUCUUUUCUUCUUUUUCCUGAAAUGAGAGUGAAGGGUCUUUGGCUCUACUUCACGAAAAGAUGUAAAACUUCAUGGAAACACAGCUGCAAACACCGUCUCUCUGGGAAUUACAAGAAAAUAUCCAUUUUGGACACCCGGAAACCAAACUCUCAAACAGUCGCCAUCAGGGAACGCAAUCUUUAUUUGAGAAUUUAAAAAAAACUUACUAAAAACACGUCUUUUUUUAUACACUGAGCUCUUCCUGACGUCUUUCGUACUCUUUUUCUAUAAGAAAAGCUUCACUGUGGACGCUAAUUAUUCUGGGAUUUUUAAAACACUUGCAAAAAAUGUAGGACGUUUUAAAACAACAAAGCAAAAACAUCAACAAACAAACAAACAAACAAACAAAAGGGUCCCGAGUACUACGCCGGAGAUCUGAAUGUAGCACGUCAUCAGGAAAUGUCCAUACGCUCUACAUGCUCAUGAAGGAGAGAGAAGAGAGAAGGACAAGCCUGAGGGGUCAAAGGUCGACCGUCUUGCCGUCCUCAGGGACACUGAAGACUCUCAUCCUUCUGGAUUUUUUCUUUCUUUCAAACAAACAUUAGCACAAUAACAUUCUCUUCAAUACUGAAUGUUUUUCUACUGAUAUUUUUAGGAUCACUACUGAGCCGCGUUUGUUUUAGUUAUAACAAACUUUCCUGCUGUUUUUUUUGUUGUUGUUGUUCCUUCUUUUUCUUAUUCUGUCUCACUAAUUUAUGAAUAAAAAACAUGCUGUGAGAACGUUGA